AUGAGGUCCAUUAAGUGUGUGAUAAUUGGAGAUGGUGCAGUAGGAAAAACGUCACUACUGAUAUCAUAUACUACCAAUUCGUUCCCAACAGACUACGUUCCAACGGUUUUUGAUAACUAUUCUACUACGAUAGCUAUCCCUAACGUAACUGCAAAUGGCCCCUUAGAGCUUGACAAGGGUGAUGAUAAAAGAGGAUCACUUUCAUCUGCCAGUUCUUCACCAACUACAGACAGAAAACUAUAUAAAAUCAAUUUAUGGGACACUGCAGGACAGGAAGAUUACGAUCGUUUAAGACCGUUAUGUUACCCCCAAACUGAUAUCUUUUUAAUAUGUUUCUCGGUAAGUGAACAUGCUAGUUUUGCCAAUGUCACAGAAAAAUGGCUACCUGAACUAAAGCAGACUUCCAAUAUUGAAGGUACCUCUCUUUACACUAAAUUAGGGAAGUACCCAAUUUUAUUGGUAGGUACCAAAAGUGACUUAAGAGAUGAUCCGGCAACUCAGAAAAAAUUGCAAGAAACAAACUCUGAUUACGUGUCUCAAGAAGAAAUAGAUGAACUCGUGCAAAGAUGUGGGUUUAUGGGCUAUACUGAAUGUUCAGCUGCUACCCAAGCAGGUGUACGGGAAGUUUUUGAGCAGGCAGUGAGGUACGCUAUUUACGAACCAGAAUCCACUAACCAAAAAUCGGCAAAUCAUACCCUAACUGAUGAAUUAACGACUGCAACAACCAACACAAAUGGAGAUAAAAAUAUUCGAGAACAAAAACAGCAACCACACCAUAAUAAUAGUACAGAUAGUACCCUUCCGAAGGUCAAUCUACAGCAGGAGAAGGAAGCUCUUAAUAUUAAGCCUACAAAAAAAGAACAAAGAGACAAAACUCACGGGCUGUCAAAAGGCAAAGGUAGUAAGAUGGUCUCAAAUGGUCAUCACAACAAACAAGCCAAACAAAAGACAAGAAACGAAAAGAAGAAAAAGAAAUCAAAGUGUGUAAUACUUUAA